AUGACAUCAUCCAGGACUUGGCUUAUCACCGGUGCAUCAUCUGGACUUGGAGCCGCGAUUGCUCAGGCAGCCCUCCAAGCCGGCCACAAGGUCAUUGCAACGGCUCGCAACUGUUCUAAAGCGGCCGAGACCAACCCACAGAUCUCAAAGCUUGGAGGCAUUUGGGUCGAGCUCGAUGUGACAAGCCCUAAAACCCCCGAAAUUGUGGAAGAUGCAAUAAACAAGGCUGGUGGAGUUAUUGAUGUGAUUGUUAACAAUGCUGGGUACUCGCUACUGGGCAGUAUCGAGGACAUGAGUGAGAAUGAAAUUGAGACUCAAUUUAGCACGAAUGUUUACGGCCCCGUUCGCGUGUUAAAGGGAGUUUUGCCUUUCAUGCGGGCGAGAAAUGCUGGAACCAUCGUCAAUGUUAGUAGUAGUGCUGGGAUUGACGGGCUGCCCACUUGCGCGAUAUACGCCGGAACAAAAUUUGCUCUUGAAGGCAUGUCUGAAAGCCUUGCGCGAGAACUAGCACCGUUUGGCAUUCGAGUACUUAUCGUCGAGCCAGGGUCGCUCCGAACGAAUUUCUGGAGUGCCUAUGUCGAGCCUGUCGCUGGCAUGAACAAAGCGUAUGCUGGAACGCCCCUAGAAAAUGUUCUUCAGGCUUUCAAAUCAAACAAAGGGACGCAGCCAGGCGAUGCUACCAAGUGUGCCCAGAGGAUUCUAGAAGUUGUGGACGGUACCGGCAUGGGAGUUGGAAAAGGAAGUUUGCUCCGAUUGCCACUUGGGCCGGAUUGUUUCACUCGCUUUCAGAGUAAAAUUGAAACCUUGCAGGAAACUUUGCUACAGACAAAGGAGAUCGCAUAUUCGACGAGCUACUGA